AUGAGAAGUAUGCUGAUGAGUAUUUUAAGCAGUGUGAUGUUUCUAUUAAGCAACAAUACCUUUGUGAUUGGUAGAGUAAGAUGUGAAGAUACUAUAAGUAGGGAAGAGGUCUCUGCUUUAAUAAAAGAAUCCAAUUCAUUAUUUAAAAAAUUUCAAGUUUGUUUUUUAAAAAGAGUUUUAGAAAACAUAAAAGAGAAUAAUGAAAAGUUUUUUGCUAAGAAAAAAGGUUUAAAAGUUUGUCUUCCUAUGUUAAAUAAGAUUAAAUUUGAUGAUGAAAAUUAUAAAAAAAAUAUAAUUGAUUUUUUUAACAAUUUAUUUGGAGUAGUAAAUAAUGACAAAAAUUUUAUUUGUAGUGAAUUAUCGAAAAAAGACGAGAUUGAUUUUUUAGAAUCUAUAGAUUCACACACCUUAGAAAUAGCUGAGAAAAUGUUUUCGGAAUAUAAAUAUGGAACUGUUCAAACUUUAAGUGAUGAUAAGGAGAGAAAAAGAUCAUUAGAAAUAAACAUUGAAAUUUUUAAUUCAUAUGCAGCGGUAUUUAAACAAUUAAAGUUUUUAGAACAUGAUAAUAAAUAUAAAAAAUACAAUAAAAUUAGAGAAGAUCGCAACAAAGAUUCUUUAGAGUCAAAUUCUGAUUCAAACUCUGAAUGGUUUACUGAUUGUUUGAAAAAUAAUCCAGGAUUAUCUAAAGAUGAUUUCACAAUAGUUGAUGAAUUAAUUAAAAUAAUUAAUUAUUAUAAUAUAAAGGUUGAUAAUAUUUAUAGAUAUGGUGAGAAAACAUUUGAAACGGAACUAUUUUAUUGUGAAAAAGAUUUUGAAGAGAUAAAAAACAAGUUUAAUAUUGAUUUAAAGAAGUAUGAGGAAAGGUGGAAAAAAAAUAAAUAUUUAAGUCUUGUAGUUUCUGAAGUUCUAGAAUUACUAAAUGAAUGUUUACUUGUUUUAAAUAAGAAAAGAUGUAAGUUAAUAGAUAAAAAAAUAUCAACUUUAGACUUAAUUUUAAAGAUUAAAGAUAGAAAAUCCCAAUCUACAAUGAUUAGAAAUUCUGAUGAAAUUUUAAAAAUACUUAACGAAAUUGAAGAUAAAAUAAUUGAAUUUUAUGAUAAUCUUGAUUCUAAUGACUCUUUGAAUAAUUAA